AUGGCAGCGGGUUUCUUUUCCGCAGCGGCGGUGUGGGAGUUGAGUGCUGCCCCCAACCCUAGGCGGCGGCGGCGCUGGGCCACGCCGGGUGACGAGGCGGACGCGGAUGAAGUCCCCGCUGUGCUGGUCCUGAGCCACUUCUCCCGGCCGCCGUUCCUGAGCUUCGGCAGCCUGCGUGUCGGCGCCUCCCGCACACGCCUCCUGGGCAUCGACAACCCCAACGCAGAGGACACCGAGGUGGUCGUCGACCGCUUCCCGUCUUCUGACAAGGGCUUCAGCAUCGAGCAUCGCCGCUUUCUCGUGCAGUCAGGACAAAGAGUCUUUGCUUCUGUAACAUGGACACCAUUAGAAGAAGGAAAAGUCAGGGAACUGAUAACUUUUGUUAUUAAUGGCAUUGUAAAACAUCAAGCUGUGCUCCUGGGUGUUGCUGAGCAGCCUCUGAAGAAAAAGAGGAGUCUUUGGGAUACUAUAAAAAAGAAAAACUCUUCAGAAACAGCUGCUUCAACAAAAGUUAAAAGUACUUCGAAAGUUAAAAAUAUUAAUAAAACCUUUCAAGUUUCUCAGAAAGUGGACAAACAUAGAAGCCCACUUCAGCCAUGUGAAAAUCAGAACAUCGUGGAAAAUAGAACAUCCCCAGGAAACGACUCGCUUGUUGGCUCAGAAAAUAAAUUGCCUAUAUCUCCUGUUGCACCAGUGCUAGAGGAACAUUGUGAUAAUGCUUGCACACCACUUGCAAUAAGAAGAUCAACUACGUUCUUGGAUAUUGCUGCCACUGUGAAUAAUGAGUUAAUGCGUGAAAUGGACAGCUGUGAUGUUAAGAAAUUUGUUAUUGAUCAUAAUGAAUUUGAAAAUGCAUGCAGUACUACUGGAGUAGCACAACUGCCAAUUUCAAGCAAUGAAGUAAUUCUUAAUCGUGUACUCCCAUCAGUUUGCACUCCAGAACACUCAACAUCCUUGCCUGUUCUAUGUACAAGGAGGAUUUUAAGUCCAGAUUCUUUUGUAAAUGACACUUAUCAAGUGGAUAUAGAUAUAACAGAACAGCCUGUUCCAAUUCUGUCACCUGAUCAAUUUGUGAAAGACGGUUUGUCAGAUAAGCAAUUAAAGACUCCUAUACUCAAAGCAGCUGUAAUAUCUUCAACUACAGAGACUUAUGUUAUAAAGAAAUACCCUCCCUCAAAAUGGAAAAAAAAUGGAGAUGUAGAAACAAAACCACAUGCUCAUAUAGAACACAACUUAAAUGAAGUCUUGGAGAUGCAUAAUGUUGAAUCAAAGGUAUCUAAUUUUGACAAACCCAAAGAAAAUCACUGCACUUUUUUUUCUACAGAGGAACUUCAGACUCACAAUUCUUUGAGAGAACAACCAAAAAAGCGCCCAGUUCUUUCUGCUACUGUCAUAAAAAAUAAGCCUGAUGUUGAAGAAAAAAGAAGGGAAACACACUGGCCUAAAUCUAAAAAAUGCCUUAAUAAAGCAAUAAUGGGAUGUGCUGAUGUGCCUGUGCAUACAAAAGCAGAAAUAUUUAACCAGCUUCCAGUUAUAGGUCCUUUUUUGCCUGAACAUAAAUGUCACAAUGACAAAGUAAAUUUAUCUCCUACUGGAUCAACUUCUUUAUGUCGUAAGAGGAAAAGUGAUAUGUAUGUAGAAAAUAGUAAAGUUACAGCUCCAGUGUAUGUGGAAGAAGUGGAAAGAAAAAGAACCCUUAUGUCUACUGCGGACAAUAAAAUGCAUACCACUGUAAGACCAUCAGCCUUCAAACCCUCAAACCGAGAGAGAGUAGGGCAGAGAAAGAAAGCUGGGUCUUCACUUCAAAAAGCAUCUAGAACUACCAACAGAAUUAGUAAACCCAUCCCUGGAUUGGCUCAGUCUCACCUGACAUUUGUGAAACCACUGAAAACAGCCAUCCCUAGGCAUCCAAUGCCUUUUGCUGCUAAAAACAUGUUUUAUGAUGAGCGUUGGAAGGAGAAGCAGCAACGGGGUUUCACCUGGUGGUUGAAUUUUGUACUUACCCCUGAUGACUUCAGUGUAAAAACAAACGCCUCACAAGUAAAUGCAGCUGCUCUUAUCUUGGGAGAAGAGAACCAUCAUAAAACCAGCAUGCCUAAAGCACCAACAAAAGAUGAAGCAUCUCUAAAAGCUUAUAUGGCUCGUCGUAAGCUGAAUAAGUUACGGUGUGAUGCUUGCCGUUUGUUUACAUCUGAAACAAUGGUUAAAGCUAUUAAGAAGCUGGAAGUUGAAAUUGAAAGUAGACGUUUGCUAGUUCGUAGAGACAGACACCUCUGGAAAGACGUAGGAGAGAGGCAGAAAGUUGUCAACUGGCUUUUAUCUUACAAUCCUUUGUGGCUGCGUAUAGGCCUGGAGACUAUUUAUGGAGAACUGAUAGCUUUGGAGAGUAAUGGUGAUGUUACAGGUUUAGCAAUAUUUAUCCUUAAUCGCUUGCUUUGGAACCCUGACAUUGCAGCUGAAUACAGACAUCCCACUGUGCCUCACCUUUUCAGAGAAGGUCAUGAAGAAGCUUUGUCAAAAUUCACACUAAAGAAAUUGCUGCUAUUAGUUUGCUUUCUGGAUUGUGCCAAACAGUCCAGAAUUAUUGACCAUGAUCCUUGCCUCUUUUGUAAGGAUGCAGAGUUCAAGGCUAGCAAAGACCUUCUACUUGCAUUUUCUCGGGACUUCCUGAGUGGUGAAGGUGACCUUUCCCGCCAUCUUGGUUUCUUAGGACUACCCGUCAGACAUAUUCAAACUCCACUUGAUGAAUUUGAUUUUGCUGUAACGAAUCUAGCUGUGGACUUACAAUGUGGCAUUCGUCUUGUGAGAACAAUGGAACUUCUCACCAAAAACUGGGAUCUUUCAAAACAACUGAGAGUUCCUGCAAUAAGUCGCCUACAGAAGAUGCAUAAUGUUGACAUUGUUCUUAAUGUCCUGAAAGAGAGAGGCAUUCACUUAAAAGAUGAAAGUGGUGCUUCAAUUGGCUCCAGGGAUAUUGUGGAUAGACACAGAGAACGAACAUUGGCACUCUUGUGGAAAAUUGUUUUUGCCUUCCAGGUGGAUGUAUUUCUUAAUGUAGAACAUUUAAAAGAAGAAAUUGAAUUUUUAAGGAGCACACACAAGAGGAAAACACAAUUAAUUGCUCUCAAGACUUCUCCAAAUUCUUAUAGAGUACAAGAAGAUAGUAGUAAUUUCUCACUUCAGAAUUAUAGUGAAAAUGUAAAGCUUCUGAUGGCAUGGGUUAAUGCUGUUUGUGGAUUUUAUAAUAUCAAGGUGGAAAAUUUCACAGUGUGUUUCUCAGAUGGUAGAGUAUUAUGUCAUUUGAUUCAUCAUUAUCAUCCGUGUUACGUGCCUUUGGAAGCUGUGUGCCAACGUACAACCCAAACAGUAGAAUGCUCAAGAACUCGUACAGUGGGACUAAAUUCUUCUCCAUCAUCCUCUUCAGACUCUGAUACCUCUCUAAAUGUUACAGAAGGAAUGUUUGACCAAUCUGUAACUGCCUCAGCCCUGUACAAGGAACUCUUGAACAAUGAAAGGAAAAACUUUCAGCUGAUCAAUGCUGCAGUAUCUGACCUAGGUGGAAUACCAGCAAUGAUUCAUCACUCAGACAUGUCAAAUACAAUUCCUGAUGAGAAGGUUGUUAUUACCUACCUGUCAUUUCUGUGUUCGCGGCUUCUAGAACUUAGGCAAGAAAUUCGAGCUGCACGUUUAAUUCAGUCUGCUUGGAGGAAUUACAGGCUGAAAAAGGAACUGAAACUUUCUCAGGAAAGAGACAGAGCUGCUCGGAUAAUUCAGAAAUCUGCAGUGAACUUCUUGUCUCGUUUGCGCUUCCUGAGGAGAGUGAAUGCAGCAGUUUUCAUUCAGAAGCACUGGAGAGGAUACUUAGCCAGGAUGAUUCUUUUAAAUCUAAAAAAGGCAAAACUGGAGGAAGCCAGAAGUAGAUCUGCCACAAUCAUUCAGGCUAAUUGGAGAAGAUACUCUGCUAGGAAAAGAUAUUUACGGCUAAGGCACUAUGUUAUUUUUGUUCAAGCAAGGAUAAGGAUGGUCAAGUCUGUUGCCACAUAUAAGCGAAUUCUUUGGGCUACUAUUACAAUUCAGAGUCAUGUGCGUGCAUUUAAGUUGGCCAAAAAAGAUCAGCAGAGAUAUGAAAUACUAAAGUCUUCAGCACUUACUAUCCAGUCGGCAUUCAGAAGAUGGAGAAAAUACAAAAUUCAACAGAAAAAUGAAGCUGCUUCAGUUCUUCAGGCUUAUUUCCGAAAAUGGCAAUGUUCAAAACUGGCUAAAAGAAAGAGGGCUGCCCUUGUCAUACAGUCUUGGUAUAGGAUGCACAGAGAUUUGAAGCAGUAUCAACAUAUUAAGCAAUGUGUUAUCAAUAUUCAGGCUUGGUACAGGUGUCAGCUGGCUAGACGUAUUUACCAGGCACACAGGGCAAAAAUAGUGACAAUUCAGCAGUAUUAUAGAGCUUAUAAACUAGGAAAAAUUGAAAGAGAACACUUAUUGCAAAAGCGUGCAGCCGUGAUAGUUCUCCAGGCUGCAUUUAGAGGUAUGAAGGCACGUAAACUAUAUAGACAAACAAAAGCAAUAUGUUUUGUUCAAUCACUGUGGAGAAUGAGAAAAGAGAAACUAAGAUUUUUACAAUUAAAAAAAUCAGUUACUACAUUGCAGUCACAUGUGAGAAAAUACCAACAAGUAAAAAGAUACAAAGAGAUUAAAAAUGCUGCUUCUGUAAUUCAAACUUGGUAUAGGGCACAGGUCAGCUCUAAAAAGGCAGCUGCUGAUUUCCAGAGGAUGCGCCUGGCUGCUCUUGUCCUGCAGUCAGCCUACAGAGGAAUGAAAGCUAGGAAAGAGGCUCGCAUAUUAAGAGCUGUGAUAAAAAUUCAGUCAAGUUACCAUGCUUAUGUUGUCCAGAAAAGAUUCAAAAACCUGAAAGAUGCAACUGUGAAAAUUCAAGCUUUUGUAAAGAUGAGGCAAGCACGCAAGCGAUAUUGUGCAUUAAGGGAAGCAGCGCUUUGUGUCCAGCGAAAGUAUCGAUCUCAAAAACAUGCUUUUCAACUUAAAGAAGAUUACAGGAAAUUGAAGAGAGCUUGCAUAAGAAUUCAAGCUGCAGUUCGAGGCUAUCUUGUCAGGAAACAAAUACAAAGGUGGAAGGAGACUGCCAUAUUUCUCCAGUCAUGCUACAGAAUGAGAAGAGACAGGCAACGUUAUUUAAGCACCUACAAUGCUGCUGUUGUCAUUCAAAGACAUUAUCGUGCAUAUGAAAAACAGCUGUGUCAAAGGCAGGAGUUCUUGCAAGUUAAAAAAGCAGUUGUGUGCUUACAGGCUGUCUACAGGGGUUAUAAAGCACGCAGAAUGCUUAAACUUGAAUAUAGAGCUGCUGUUAAAAUCCAGGCUGCUUUUAGAGCUCAUGCUGCAAGAAUGAAAUAUAAGGCAAUGGUUCAGGCCUCUGUUGCUAUUCAGAGAUGGUACAGAACUCACAAGACUGGUAACAGGCAAAGACUGAGCUUCUUAAUGACAAGAGCAUCAGUGCUUUCUUUACAAGCAGCUUUUCGUGGCUGGAAGGUACGAAAGCAGAUUCUAAGACAACAUGUUGCUGCCACUAAGAUACAGUCUGCCUUCAGAAGAUUCAUGGCUCUGAAAAAAUUCAGGCUUAUGAGCCAUGCUGUGCUAACUAUCCAGAAGCAUUACAGAGCCAGUGUUAUAGGCCAGAAACAACGGCAAGAAUACCUUCAACUGCGUAAUUCUGUAGUGCUUCUGCAGGCAAUAUGGAGGGGAAAAACUGUGAGAAAAACAAUUCAAAAGAAACAUAAUCUUGCAACAAUUAUUCAGUCCUAUUACAGAAUGUAUGUAAAUCAACUAAAAUAUAGGAAACUAAGACAAGCCACUUUAGUGAUUCAGAAAUACUUCAGAGCUUACUGUAUGAAAAAAGCCCAGCGUGCAGCUUAUCUAAAAACAAAGGCAGCUGUGUUAGUCUUGCAGUCUGCUUACCAUGGGAUGACUGUGAGGAAACGAUUGAACAAACUCAACAAAGCUGCUACAACUAUACAAGCUGCCUUCAAAUCUUACCUGGUCAGAAAGGACUAUGAAAGACUUAGAUCUGCAGCUAUAGCAGUUCAAAGGCAUUAUCGUGCAAUUAUUAAUGCUAAACGUCAAAAGCAGAAUUAUUUGUCUUUAAAAAAAGCCACAAACAAAAUUCAAGCAAUUUAUAGAGGCAUAAGGGUUAGAAGGCAAGUUCAACAUAUGCAUCAAGCAGCUAUUUGUAUUCAAGCCAUGUUUAAGAUGCAUCACAUGAGCAUAAAAUAUCAGGCAAUGAGAAUGGCAGCAACUGUAAUUCAAAGACAAUAUAGAGCAUUUUGUCUAGGCAAAGUACAACGAAAAAAGUACUUGGAACUAAGGAAGUCUAUCAUUAUCCUUCAGGCUGCCUGUAGGGGCAUGAAGGUCCGACAAGACUUAAAAGCUAUGCAUCAGUCAGCAGUAGUAAUACAGUCUUAUUAUCGGAUGCACAAACAGCAGCAGGAUUUCAGAAAGUUGUUGCUGGCAACUAGGCAGAUUCAGCAGUGGUACCGUGCCUGUAAGGAGUGCAAUACACAAGUUCACAACUAUAUGAUUAUGAAAAGGGCUACGCUUUGUAUUCAGGCUGCGUUCCGUGGUAUGAAAACAAGGAGACUCAUAAGAAGUAUGAAUGAAUCGGCUGUGGUUAUUCAAAGAAGAGUUAGAACUUUCCUCAAGAGAAAACAUUAUCUUUCCAUUAGGAAAGCUGUUAUUGUAAUUCAAAGAAGAUACAGAGCAACAAAACUGGCAAAAAUUCAACAUAAAAAAUAUUUUUCUUGCCUUAAAGCUGCUGUAAUCCUACAGUCUGCAUAUAGAGGUUUUGUGGUAAGAAAAAAAAUGCAGCAGAUGCAUCAAGCUGCUGCAGUUAUCCAAGCAACAUUAAGAAUGCGUAAAUUUUACAUAUCUUACCAAGCUGUCAGGCUUGCUUCAGUAAUCAUACAGCAGCAUUAUCGUGCUUACAGGGAAGGAAAGCGCGUGAGAGAAAGGUAUUUAAAACUGUACAAUUCUGUUUUAGUUCUUCAGGCUGCCUACAGAGGUAUGAAAACAAGAUGCUUCUUAAAGAAAAGACAUGAGGCAGCACUCACAAUACAGAGAAAUUACCGAAUGUAUAGGCAGUACUGCCAUUACAGAAAAGUUCAAUGGGCAGCCCAGCUAAUACAGGAGAGGUACAGAGCUAAUAAACUAAAGAAAAUUGCAGUACAACGUUACUCUUCAUUAAAGAAUGCAUCAACAUGUAUUCAGAAGGCUUUUCGAGACAUGCAAGCAAGAAAACACCAUCAGGAAAUGCACCGUGCUGCUGUUGUUAUUCAGAAAAAUUUUAAAGCUUUUAGAGAACGUCGGAGAUAUCUCUCUGUUAAAGCAGCCAUUCUUGUCUUUCAGAGAAGAUACAGAGCUUUGAUUCUGUCAAGACAGCAUACUUUGGAGUAUCUUUCUCUUCGCAGAGCAACUCUUCAUAUACAAGCUGUGUACAGAGGUAUUAGGGUGCGGAGGAGGAUUGAGCAGAUGCGUUUAGCUGCUAGUACAAUACAGUCGGCCUACAGAAUGCACAGGAAUAGGAGGUCCUAUCAAAUUACGAGAAAUGGAGCUAUUGUUAUACAGAGCUACUAUCGAUCCUACAUUAAAGGAAAGAAUCAACGAAAGAAAUAUCUGACAAUGAAGAAUUCUGCUCUUGUUAUUCAAGCAUCAUACAGAGGCAUGAAAGAACGACAGAAACUGAAAAUUAUGCAUGAUUCAGCCACUGUAAUACAGUCUAGUUACCGUAUGUACACACAACAUAGAUAUUACAAACAGUUGUGUUGGGCUGUCAGAGUUAUACAGCAAAGAUUCAGAACCAAAAUGGCAAAAGAGGUUGACCUGAAAAACUAUGCAAAAAUAAAGGCUGUCCUUUGCCUGCAAUCCUCUUUUCAUGCUAAAAAAGCUAGGUGGCUGUAUGAAACUAAUGUUACUGCACAGUGGUUACAAUCAUUCUUAAAAAUGCAUGUAGAGAGGAGGUGUUUGCUUGAAAAGAAAGCAGCUGCAAUAAUGAUCCAGUCUAUGUUCCGAUGCCAAAGAGCAAGAACUCGCUAUAAAUUGAUUCGGAGUGCAGCAGUUGCUAUUCAGAGGUGGUACAGAGCAUGCCACAGGGCUUGUUUACAGAAAGCAGAGUUUUCUGCUCAAAGACAAGCAAUAGUAAUCAUUCAGUCUGCCUUCCGUGGUAUGAAAGCAAGAAAAAUAGCACGACGAGUACGAGCUGCAAGAAAGAUUCAGUCUUUCCUUCAGAUGGCUGUGCAGCGUAGAAAAUUUAUUCAACUUAGAACAGCAGCUAUUACAUUACGAGCCUAUUACUUAAUGCAUAAAUAUAAAUCACAGUAUGCAAGCUAUAAAAAAGCAGCAGUUGUCCUACAAGGAUGCUACCGAUCCUACUUGAUUGUGAAAUCUGAAAGAACAACUUACUUACAAACCCGGAGGAAGAUUAUAAUUGUACAGGCUAGAGUCAGAGGAUUCAUUGAAAAAAAGAGGUUUCACAAAAUGAAAGAAAGCACAAUAAAAAUUCAGGUACUUUUCAAAAUGGGAAUAGUAAAAAAGUCUUUUAAGCUAACAUGACUUUUUUUCCUUUUAAUACUCUUGUUCCAUUAAAAAAUUUUAAAAUUGAACACUUUAAAAUUAUGUUUUUUCUCUUUGCAUAUUUACUAGGCAUCAUACAGAGGAUAUAAAGCCAGGCAGUGGGCUAACAAAAUGAGAGCAGCACGAGUUAUUCAAGCCUGGUUUCGAGGCUGCAGAGCACGAAGGGAGUAUGCGUCUCUGAUGAAAGCUGUAUGUGUUAUUCAGAGUCACUUCAAAACAAAACAACAGUCGACCUGGUUUUUGAAAAUGAGGUCCUGUGUACUGAUCAUUCAAAGAAGAUGGAGAGCAACCCUUACUGCACGGAUGAUUCAGCGUCACUUUUUGGCAACUAAGGAUGCUGCAGUUAAGAUUCAGUUGGCAUAUAGGCAGUACAGGGCUAGACGACUUUUCAGAGAGAUUUCAGAACAGAAACAAAAGAAGAGACUACUAUAUUUUACAGCAGCUGCAUACCAUCAUAUCUGUGCAAUUAAAAUUCAAAGAGCGUAUAGGAUUCAUCUCAUCUUAAAACUUGCCCAAAACCAGAUCUCAUCUGUUCUUGUAAUACAGAGAUGGUUGCGAGCAAAAAUGCAGCAAAAGAGAUUUCGAAGAGAUUAUCAAAGAAUAAUUCAAUUACAACGAGUGAUUCGAGGCUGGCUAAAACACAGAAAUGAUGCAGCAGCUAUAAUCCAGCGAAAUGUACUAAGAUUCCUGGCCUGCAGACGGAGGAGAAAAUUUGCAAUCGGAAUAAUUAAAUUUCAGGCAUUGUGGAGAGGAUAUGCUUGGAGGAAGAAUAAUGACACACCCAAAACUAGAGCUAUAAGACAUAGUUUAGAAAAGGCUAAUGAAAAUAGCAGAGAAGAAAAUAAAUUGUGCAACAGAACUGCAACUGCUAUUGAAUACCUUCUAAAAUACAAACAUAUCUCUUACAUUCUUGGAGCAUUAAAGCAUCUCGAGGUGGCUACCAGGCUGUCCCCACUCUGUUGUGAAAAUAUGGCCCAGAGCAGAGCAAUCUUCACCAUUUUUGUUCUGAUCCGAAGCUGCAACCGGAGUGUUCCAUGCAUGGAUGUGAUAAGAUAUUCAGUUCAGGUUCUACUUAAUGUUUCAAAGCAUGAAAAAACUACUCAUGCAGUUUACGAAGUAGAAAAUUCUGUAGAUACAUUACUAGACCUACUGCAAAUGUACAGAGGGAAAGCUGGGGACAAAAUUUUAGAGAAAGGAGGAAGCAUUUUCACAAAGACUUGUUGUUUGUUGGCCAUCCUUUCAAAGGACUCAAAAAGAGCUUUGGAAAUACGAAGUAUACCAAGAACUGUUGCUUGCAUUCAAAGCUUAUAUAAACUUACAGUUCGUAAACACAGAAUGGAUGAAGAGAGAAUACUUGUGAAGAAGAAAACAAGUACUCUUUUUAGCAAAACUUCCUCUGUGUGUGUUCCAGUAACUCCUCUAAGAAUAAAAACAGUUUCAAGAAUUAAACCAGACUGGAUUCUGAGGAAAGAUAAUAUGCAAGAAAUUGUGGAUCCUCUGGAAGCAAUUCUGAUGGUGAUGGAUACACUUGGUAUUGCCCACUACUGAAAUGUAAAUGAUGUAUAUGAAAAUGUAUUUGUAUAGCAUGUCUUUAGCAACUUUACAGAAAGCAAAUAAGUGUUGAGCUACCCUUGAUUUUUAUUUUUUUUAAAUUGCAAUUAAUAUUUCUAACUUUUGUAUUGUGUACAGCUUUUGAAAUUCUGCUUUUUUGCUAGUGCCAAAAACAAUUGUACAAUAAAUUCAUAAGCCUGGGCAACUUCA